AUAGCUGACUUGUCAGCUCUCUCACAUCUCACGCAGAGAAAAUGGAGGAGUCACGAGAAUCUCCGGCGGAUCACGGCUUUUACAUGCCGGCGGAGUGGGAACCUCAUGCUCAAACCUGGAUCGGUUGGCCUGAACGGCAAGAUAACUGGCGUCACAACGCUUUACCUGCACAGCGAGUGUUUGUAGAUGUUGCAAAGGCAAUCUCAGUCUUUGAACCUGUGACAGUCUGUGCAAGCUCGGCUCAGUGGGAAAAUGCAGGGAAACAGCUUCCAGAGGAGAUUAGAGUUGUUGAGAUGAGCAUGAAUGAUUCUUGGUUCCGCGACUCUGGACCAACUGUUGACCACCGAUGGCGGAAACAGAACGGCAGUAGCGUUCCCACAUGGUGCGGAAGCGAGGUUGACCACCGAGAUCCCAGAGCUUGA